AUGUUUCCAAAUACACUAUCAUUGAUUAUUAUAUAUGUCGAUAACCCGCCAUUAAAAAGUCGUACCGCAUCUAUAAAUCAGGAAAUUCGUAAAGAUUCAAGAAAAAGACUUCUGGUCCAAUUGGCGACCUGUCAAGGAACUUAUAGACCCCAAAAUCUGGAUGCUAUGAAUGAUCGAAUCGCAGAACAACAGCAAAAAUUUUCUCAGGAAGAGAAAAAGAAAUUAAUAGAGCAAAUACGAUCUCUUGAGGAACAAGGUAAACAGUUAAAGCAUCAAAUUGCAAAUACUACGGGAGGAUUCUUCGCAAAUGCUUGA